CGCCCAUCACUAACACAGUAACGGCUUGGUUGAGGCAGUUGCCAGACAUUUUUACCAGUAGCUAGCUCGUCGCGAAGAAAGUUGUUUGAGGUGGACCGGGUGCUGAUUGUGAAUAGAAUCGCAUCACAAAUCCACGGAAAAUUUCAGCCAUGGCCUAUGCAGCGCAUCCCGGAGGAGGUCCCUGGUGGGCCAAAAUGCCCCUUCCACCAGGUUGGGAUGCCAAAUACGACCACAACACCAAAAAAUAUUUCUACAUUCAUCACACCACUCGGUCCACCCAGUGGCACGACCCGCGCAAGGCAUACUACGAGCAACAGCAGCAGCAGCAGCGCAUCGGCGGUUUAGCCCCCGGCCCUGCCGCCAGCCCUUACCAGAGAUCCCCCCAAAUGCCGCAACGGUCUGCUUGGACGCCGUCGCCUGGUGGCCCUGCGAUUCCUCUACAACCCAUUGCUAAACCAAAAUGUAAGAUAUGCCGCACUAACGAGGUACCGUCAGCAAACCAGGAGUGCCAGAGUUGUCAGCUGAAAGCUCGUCAGCGGGAGGCGGAGCUUGUGCGUGCCAGGGAGGAGAAAGAGGCCGAGAGACGGAAGCAGGAGGCCCAGCAGCGCAUCGAGAAGGAGCAGGAGCGGCGCCGGGUCCAGUCGGCUGCUCGCAGCCGGACUCCAGUGACCAGUGACUAUCAUGAGACGUCAUUCGGAACCGAGCCUGAGAGGGUUGAACUAACAGUGGGACAAAAGAGAGCAAUGAUUGAAAACUUGGACGAGGCCUUCCCUGGCAUUGAGAGGAGCGUCGUGGAGAUGGUUUUGGAGACGAGCUCCUGGGACAGCGGAAAGGCGACGACCGUCUUGAUGAGUAUGACACCCCAGAAGGACAAAAAGAAAUCAACUACAGCCCCAAUGGCCAAAGCAGCUGCCAAGCCUCAAGCGUCUAUGGCGAAACCCUCAGCAGCUGCGUCAACGUCCCCCCCGAAACAGCCCACGGCCGCAGUGAAGAGCAAGAUGAUUGACAAUCUGAAGAAGAUGUUCCCCUCGGCCAGUGAGACCCUCGUUGAGCUGGCCCUGGAGACGACUCACUACAACCAGGCCAAGGCCACGCAGGUACUCCGCAUGACCAUCUCAAGCGACGGCAAGAAGGACGCCAAGAAAAGCGACACCAAAGCCAAGACAACAGCUUCUACCACGUCCACGAGCUUCUCCGUCGGCACCUCAUCAGUGGGAAGCUCGGGAGCGAGCACUUCCACCACAGUAGUAGCCCCUCAGCCAAAAACAAGUGCACCUGCAUCAUCUGUGUCUGCAACUCCUGUCUCUAAACCGACGCCUUCCACCUCUUUACCAACCCCUGCUAGUGCAUCCAGGCAAUCAACCAGUCUGCCGAGCACCCCAACAGCCCCCGCCACUUCAAGGCAAGCCAAGGCAGCAGCCAGAGCAAAAGGUGCAGCACGUCGAACAAGAUCGGCCGAGCGAGCACCCAAGCAGGAGUUUCACUCCCUGUACUCUUUCAAGGCCCAGGGACCGGACGCCGCGCUGGUUCAUGGCCCGGACAAGAAAAACUUGCUUGACACCUACGUCGAUUACAUGGGCAGAGAUGGAAGCAUUGUGCAGGGACCCAGGAAGGAGAACGUAGCCGGUCCAGGGAGGCGCGAGGGCCACAACGCCAGCCUGGCCGUGGGCCCACAGGGCAGCCAUUACACUGGGCCCCAGGCUAACCUGGCCAAGGGCUCCAUGCAUGGGGCUAACCGACAGAUGUAGGGCCAGGGCUAGACCAACAGGGGAGUCGUUGGGGGUACGUACACGUACAUUCAGCCUGCAAUCCGUGCGCUGCAAAAAGACCGGGCAGGCAGUCCAGCAAUUUUUAUUGUGUAUCACAAAACAGGAUUUGAAAAAUUUUCAUCUCUGUUUGCGACCAUUUUCUCAAGUCACAGCUCCAGAAUUAUUUCAUAUGCUCACCAAAAUGAAAAUACCCCAAGUUUUCUCCUUUUUUUACUUUUGUCAAAGUAAAUAUGACUUUUCUGUUACACUAUGUGGAGUGGAAUUGAGUCACAGGUUCUCUGCACUGGUCCCCACCACCCAUACUAGGCGCAUGCAUUGGUGACUAUUGUCGGGCCACUCAACAUCAUUUUUCUUUGAAUUCUCAUCCACACCAAGUCGAAGUGGGCCCUCAACGGCAAAGACGAGACAGGCUGGUGGGAAGUUUUCUAACUGGUGUCGUCGACGCACCCUGCCAGCGCACAUGGGAUAACCAUACAUUCCAGCAGAAACCGGUCAUGAUUUCUCAUUGUAUCCGGUGCCUAGUUACACAUAAACCUGCGUGCUAAAGCAGCGAGUGCCCGUAGAAAAUGCCCUCUCUUAGGGCCGGCGACCAUUUCGACCCGGUUUGAAAAGGGCCCCCCCCCGAUAAGGUCGCCCUGUUACAAAAAUCCCUUUCAGACCGGCCUGGCUACUGGCCUGGGAUUCUGGACUGGUUGUUGAUCUCGAACUUCUUCAUCCUGGGGUCUAUUGUUUGCAAGUACUGGUACACGUAACCUAUCCCAG